AUGUAUGAUGAAUCUUGUGUUCAUGUUGUCAUGUUCCCAAGCGCUGGAAUGGGUCAUCUCACACCAUUUCUAAGACUAGCUUCCUUACUUCUCAACAACCAUUGCAAACUCACUCUCAUCACUCCUCUUCCCACCGUUUCUCAUGCCGAAUCACACCUCCUCUCUCACUUUCACUCUUCCUUCCCUCAACUCAACCUCCUCCCAUUUCACCUUCCACCGCUAUCUUCUCCUCCUCCCACCUCCGUCGACCCUUUUUUCCACCGAGUCCAAACCCUCUGUCACUCAACUCACCUUCUCCCUCCUUUAAUCUCUUCACUCUCACCACCCAUCUCUAUUUUCAUCUCUGAUAUCUUUCUUGUUACCCCUCUCGUUUCCAUCACUCAAAAACUCUCUCUUCCUAACUACACUUUGUUCACUUCUUCAGCUGCCAUGUUAUCUUUCUUGUCUCACUUCCCUACUAUUGCUCACUCAAAAUCCGAUGAUGAUGAUGCUCCUGAGAUUUCAUUCCCAGUUCCAGGUCUUCCGUUUUCACCUUUACCAUAUUCAUAUAUCCCACCGAUUCUUUUCCAACCUACUGCCAUUUUUAGAAACCAAAUAAUAGAAGAUAGUCCUAACCUAUCAAAAUUACAUGGUAUUUUUGUCAACACAUUUGUUGUUUUUGGAUUUGAAAUAUUGGUACAAGGAAAUUAUCGGGACGAGUCGCGUACUAGGUCGCUUUCUUUAAGACGUUUCGCCGUACUGCCAAAAUAUGCAAAGCAGUCGAUUUACGACGACGCCUCCAGGAUAAAACAGCCCGUUCAAAAUUACGAUUAUCAGUUGCACACUGAUAAAUCGCUCUAG